CUUGACCUAGUUCCUAGUUCUAAACUAUCUUCCCCAUUUCCAAAUACAAUAUAGAUUAGGGAUCAUUAAGGUUUGGGAAUGAUGUUGAUGGGGAUUAUGUCCCAGCGCGGCCUCCGUCUCUCCUGCUCCUUACAUUGUCAGAGAGGAGCUGUUUGAGUACUAGCAGCAGCAGCAGCAGCAGGAGGAGGAGGGAGGGGAAGGCAUCUCAGUCCGCCCAGCAGCGCGAUCCCAGGGAGGUGAAAAGAGUGGGUAUCAGCCGGCGGCCCGGCCCAGCUGUACGAACCGAGCCUUGGGACCCGCAUACAGUGAUACAGCUUCUAUAUUCAGGUUUCAUAGAUGUGAAUUAAGGCACCACCGGCUAAAAACAGUUAAAUAGCACAAUAUGACCCACAUUCCAAUAGACAAAUCCAAUCUUCCCCGGGUCAAUGAUGUUUGCCGUGACUUUGCAGUGCUGGAAGACGGUGCCCUGGCUCACUGCUUGCAGGAACAGGAGAUUGAACAGCACUACGCCUCUAACAUUCGGAAGAACAAACUUGUCCAGAAGGACAUCCGAAUUGCUAAGAAACUCCAGGAUGAAGAGGAUCUGCAGUGCAAGGUCUUCAGCCUAGAAAAGCAAAAAGAAAUUGAGGAACUGGACUCGGAAUAUGCUCGUGUCAUUCAAGAAGAACUCCAAAAAAAAGCCCAGGAGUGCUUGCAGAGAGAAGAGGAAGACAAGGAAAUAGCCAAACGUUUGCAGCAACUUGAGGAGGAGGAGCUGCACAGGAAGAGCUAUGACAGGUCCAUGGGAGAACACAACAGCCUGCAGCACCCGCAAUACCUGACCGCUUUGGACUGUGAGAAGGAGGAGGACGAGUACCUCUUCAAAAAUGAUAGUAAAAAUCAGCUAAAUGCAUCCGAUUACAGACUAGCACAGUGGAAUUCAGACCGAGACCAUAGCCUGAGACAGUGUGAGGAACCGCUCAGCAGCCUAAAUUCUGCUCAAAACAGAGUGUCCUUUGGGCAAGUUCUUUAUGACACUGACAAGGCUAAAAAUGGCAAGUCAGCAGAUCUAUGGAAAGAAGCAAGUUGUAGAGAACCAGUACAGGUUCCAUAUAGGCAUCCUAGAAAUACACUGGAAAGAAGCCCAUGCCAUCCAAGCUGCUCUGAGGCACAGCAUGUCCAUGAUAGGGAAAUGAGUCGGAAACAGGAGAAAAUAAGGGGGCACAGAGAAAAACACUGUAAGCAUAAUUCUGAGAGGUGCAGACGCUCAAGCUCAGACAGUGAUGACUGUCCUGAACAUUCAGUCAGGGACAAGCGAAGUCGACGCUCUCAGUGGAAUCAAACUAGAGAUCGCCACCAUCAUCAUCAUCGUCCCGAGAAUAACCUUUCCUCUAGGAUAUCAAGUCACGUUUUGAGAUCAGGUGAAGAAGAAGCAGCAAGGCCAACCUUUGAUAUAGAACCAUUAGAAUGGCAGAUGGCAGAUUUGCAGGUUCAGAACUCUGAUCAACUUCUGCAAGAUGAAGAAAUGGCUCGAAAACUACAGGAGGAAGAGGAGAAACACAUAGCUAAAAUGAAACUGCAGAAACAGCAGGAAGACUUUCGGGCUGCCCAGGUUGCACAAGAUGAGGAAAUUGCUAAGUACAUUCAGAGACAGGAGCUAAAAGCUCACAGGCGUUCGGAAGAGCUGGACCUGCAAAGAGAGAGUGAUGAUGACAGCAGCCUCUGUAGCUACUCUGAGAGGAGGUGCAUAGCACUUAAGAAUGAAGUGCCUUCUUGUAUCCACGGACGGCUGGAUUCGGAGGGCCUGUCUUCUCCUGCUGAAUGUCGCACCCCAGAAAGAAUGGAGAGUUCAAGAGCGGAAGGAUGUGCUGACCAGACUAAGCCCAGAUCACCCAGGAAUAUUGCUGAAGAACUUGAUCCAACCUUCAAAUCAAAAAGGGAAUUGAAUAAUGAUGUUUUUACAGAAUGUUCACAAGAAUUUCCAGUAUCCGCGCAGGCACACCCCGUCCCGGUGGGUGGUUUCUACGACUUCAUGGACGAUAGAGCGGAGCCAGCGUUUAUACCACCGACAAAGCGUCAGCCGGAGAAACUAGGGCGCAGCAAACCCAAAGACAAGAAGGAAGGCUGCAAACAGCAGUGACCUGCACUUCCCCCUAGCAGUCAUCUUACUUAUUGCCAAACUCUGUCCUGUCUCAAGUCAGCAUCGUGGAUCUCUUCAGUGUGCGUCAACACAAGUGGUAUUAACUCAUUCAGGGAUGAAGAAGAAGAUAAUCUGAUUUCUGCAUUCAUGUGCCUUAGGCAUUUCUUGACUCUAGAGAAUGGCUUUUUUUUUAUAUUGUCACACCAUGACUCCCAGGUUGGGCAAAUCAACGGAGAAAAACAAAAAAAAAAAAGCACAUAUUAGCUACAUAUUGUCUGAUCCGCAAGAGGAUUGCUAUUCAUAAUAUUAUUAUUAUUAUAAAUAUUAUUCUAAGCAGUGUUUUAGUUACUAUAAACAAGAGAAUGGAAUAUGAUAAUGACUCAUCGUAGCUUGCAUAUUUACACCAAUAUCUUAAUUUGUUUUUCGGUUCAUAGUGAAAAUGAUUGUGGAUGAUAAACCUGCAUCAAUUUGAAAAGAAAUCUUUACAGCAGACAAUUUUGUAAUAGUAUUACCAUGUGUUCUAUGAAAGUUCACUUUAUCUGUUGUACCGAACCACUGAUGUCACAUCCUUGGCACCCACAGGGAUGCUGGGAGUUGUAGUUCAGUAGCUAAAAUGCUCAGGCUGGACAUCAGAUUCCCAUUUCCCAAUCUUGGAAUUGCGGGAAAGGCAGCGUUUGAUAUGAGUACAACUUUUUGCACUGAUUUUUAUGUUUCUUUUGUUCAUUAUUCCAAUACUUUUUUGUGCUUUUGUGUAUAGAUUCCCAAAUGCCUUUAGAAUUUACUUUAAACAACAUUUUUUAUAUGAAAUACAAGCAGUAUUAUUUCUA